GACAAGGAAGACGGAUGUAUUACUCUCGAGUAGUACAACUCAACGACGAAAUAGACGAUUUGUUAUUUUCAAAUGGUAUCGACACGUAAUUUGUGAGUAAAUUGAUACUUGAAAAGCGCCUUCGAAAUUAAUUGAUAAAGGAACGUCUCGUGUCGAUCAUUGCUAUAACUGUACAUUAAUCUCGAGAACAGGCGCAUGUAUGGAUACCAAUACCGAAAAAAGAUACUUUCUCGAUGCGUUACGCUUGUUUUACGAAACUCAGUGGCUUCAUAACAUACCAGUGACCGAGAUACUAACUCAAGGAUGCUUGGAUUCAAUCCCCAGGGAAUGGAUGGAUCAUUUGCAAGUUUUGCAGAACGACGAACUCAAUAAUUUCGUAGUGGAAAAAAUGACGAAGUCGGAGUGGCCAGAUUCCUUAAAAGCGUACGUUAAUCAUUGCAAAGUAACCGACAGGUUGUCGUCUACGCUCACGUUACCCUCCGCGGAAUUGCCGCAGAAUUUCAGAAUAGGUCUCAGCCGAAAGAAACAACAUGAAAUAAUGCAUUUAGCUCGCUUAGUGCACGUGCAAUGCAAGCCAUACAAUAUCCAAACGAUCAUAGAUUUGGGCGCCGGUCUGGGAUACGUGUGCCAGAUGUUACAUCAUCUGUACGGUUAUCAAGUCCUGGGAUUAGAAAGGAAGGAGGAGAAUGUGAACAGAGCCUGCACCAAGCAACGAACAGCGUAUCCUGAGUCUUUGACCCACGUCAGAUACAUCCAUUGCGACGUGACGUGCGAUUCCGCCGAUAGGAUAGAAUCCAUUCUACAGCGAGAGUUUCCCAACACCACGGCCGCGUGUUUGAUCGGUCUGCACGCCUGUGGUGAUCUCAGCACGAGCGCGUCGAGGAUCUUUCGCAGGAUGAAAUCUGCGAAACUGCUCAUCCUUAUUUCCUGCUGUUACCAUAAACUUUCCAUUUCCGACAGCGUGCGGACUCCGUCGCAGGAGAAGCAGUACUUCCGCAAUUUCCCGAUGUCCAACUGCCUACGGGAAGUCAUCGCUACGCACAGCUUCGACGUGGGACAGUUUUUGCGAGUGCCCUUCUUGCGACUAGCGUGUCAGGAGUCGGUGGACAAGUGGCGCGGCAUGUCCGGGGAGAAACACGACGAACAUUCCUUUCACGUUCUCGCCAGAGCCGUACUUGAGUUGUACUCGCAACAGAAUAAUCUCAUUCUGAGGAAGAAGGUACGGAAAGGCACGAGAAAAUCGCAGUGUAUGGACUUUCAGACUUAUGUUAAGGAUUCACUGUUGAGAUAUGAUCUGAUGCCAAAAUCGGACAUGGAUUUAACAGGCGACGUAAUCACACGCGAUGAACUGGAGAGGGAUAUCUCGCGUGUAUGGGAAAAGCAGAAUGAAAGAUUACGAGCUGUGGAGAUUUACACUGGACUACAAAUGAUGCUGCAACUCCCGGCAGAGUCAUUGGUCUUGCAAGAUCGCUUGUGUUGGUUGCACGAGCAAGGUUUGGAAGCGAUGAUUGUGCCUGUGAUGAACAAACGUCUGUCUCCUCGUUCGCACGCGAUUGUAUCUCAUAAACGCUGAAGAUUCUUUGCCACACACACACACACACAGCUUUUUUUCUAUCUCCAUAAAUUAAAAU